CUUUUGUUGCUUCAUCGGUCAUUUCGUAGUUUGUCAAUGCGAUGCUCAAGCUCGGCGUUUUGCCUCGAUAAAUGUGCCAAAGUUCUGAAGUGAUUGUUUACUGAUCUCUUUGGUUCUGAUUCCUGCGCUGCUUCUGGUUCUGUCUGCGCGUUUCCGUUUUGUUUCCCGUUUCGCGACGCGUUUGUGGAAGCAGUUUGAAGCGAGAUAUUGGAGCUUGUUUCAAUCGUUCGCCACUCGGCGUUGGCACUGACAGGAAUGCGGGCUUCUUAAGUAGCGAGCGUUUGAAGCCGAGUUGCUGUUUUUCUGAGGUGUAUCACGGGUGGUGGUUUUUAAGAGCUUCUAGGCUCUGGUGGUGUUGAGGCUCAGUGCCGACUUGUUUCUGUUUUUUGACUUCGGGGAUACAUUGGCUGCCUAAGAAGCGUCCGUGCAACACUUGUAUCGUCUUUGAGUUUGCGUCUUUAGACUUGAGGUUUGGCGACGUGAUUGCUUCUUGUCGUCUGCUCGCCUACGUACAGAACUGUUAAAGCAACUUCUGUAUCUAUUUUCCCGCCUUAGUGUGAGAUCACACUUCGUGACUGUCCGUUCCGCUGAAGCUCGUGUAUUGACUUGACACACGUCUUCGCUGUUCAAGUUAAACCAGCAGGUUCAGAAUGAUUACCAGCAAAGCAAUCCCUAUCUCUAGUGGCAGGAGUUCAUUUCAGCAGGGAGACUACGCAAUGUCUUCCUCACCACGGAGCCUGAGUGCUGUAAGCUCUAGCCCGAGACCGAAAGCAGGGGUGGCAAUGGCGUUUAGUGUUGGAGCUGCCACCUCAAAGGAUCCCUACUCCACUCUCGGUGUAAGUCCUGAUGCUACCAAGCACGAGAUCAAGAAAGCCUACCGACGUCUCGCGCUUAAGUACCAUCCGGACGUCUGUGAGGGUAACUUCUGCACAUCAAGUUUCCAGCAGAUCAAUCAAGCGUAUGAGACGCUUCUCAACAACACCACCUCGCAGUUUGGACAGUUCGAGGAUGAUCUAUCUGACAACUUGGAAGGGUUUAUGGGAGUCGAAGGCGACUCGUGGGAAGAUUGGGAAGAGUGGAUGGGGUUUGAAGGCGCCGGAACACUAGACUUCUCCAACCAUGUCAAUAUGAACCUGUAGCUUCUUCUUCCUUUUGUGCAUACCACCUACUUUGUCCAGUGUGAAGGAUGGCUUGUGAUGUACAUAUCGUUUGUUAAUUGAGAUCAGAGCCAUCCUCUUGAUCUCCUGCAGCAAUUUUUUUGUUGCGCUUCCAGGUCGGAUUGGUUAGAUUUCUGCGUAGGACAAGGAUCAUUCUUUCACAUUAUAGCCGAAGGCUGUCCAGAUUUUUCAGGCUUGUGCCUUGUAUUUCAACCCCAAAAAUGACAUCACGAUACCGCAGUGUAAAAAUAAGAUGGUAGCUACUCCGAGACGUGGGCCCCUGCUUCAUUCAUUCUGAAUAUGAAUUUUUGGUUGAAUUUGAAGUCUACGUCUUCUUGUGUUUGUCAUAGACUUUGGUCUUGAUAUUCAAUAUCUUUAUAUCGUU